GGCACUGCGGAGGUGGUGGAGGAGGAGGAGGAAGCAGCAGCAGCACCUCCAACAGUAUAGGAAUCGAAGCCGCGCGCGGCCAUGAUAUUGUCAGUGCCGUUUGGGAAGCUGUUGAGUGUAGACGUUCGUUCGAUCGCUCCUCUCUCCCGAAUGCCGGGUCCUAGCCGUGUCCUACGGGAAUCCUUUUUCCGUUUUCGACGGGACUAGACGACGUCCACCCACUGGGAUGCGGGAGUCCUACGGCAAGAUCUAGCCCUGGAAAAGGAGAGGUAGUGGGAAGAGCAACUAGCAACUCUCAUAAUAAUUGUGGCUGUAGCUGUGAUUGACGUCUGACACAGGAAAAGAAGGACUGAGUAGAAGCGGAAGAGAUAAAAGAAUAAGUGUCUGGAACGAUGCUGGAAUGGGACAUGAUCUACUUCGAGCGGCCGCGCACAGUCGUUGGCCUCAUCAUAGGAGUGGGCUUCCUCCUCUACUAUUUCGUGGAAGUUGCCAAGAAACCUCUCCUGGCUUGCAGACAAGGCGCCUGGAAUGACUUUCUGGAGUCCCACCUCAGCAUCCUGGAAGAGAAGUACUGGCCGACGCCCUGGUGCUAUGAGUCCAGGUGUCAGACGAUUUUGGCGUCACUUUUCAGGUUCAGGUUGCCUGAUCUGAAGUACAGGAGAGAAGUCCUCCAGCUCAAGGAUGGAGGCCAAGCCUGCCUGGACUGGCUGGAUGGAGACGACACGGACGAGAAAAGCCCCAUCGUCCUCAUCCUGCCCGGCUUGACGGGAUGCUCCCAGAGCGAGUACGUCAAGGGGCUCAUCCUCAGCAUCCAGGGCAUCGGCAUCAGAUGCGUCGUCCUCAACAACAGGGGGACGGGCGGGAUGCCCCUCACGACCACGAGAACAUACUGCGCAGCCAACAGCGAUGACCUGGAAGCUGCAAUCACCCACCUCAACGCCACCAAUCCUAAAAUACCCAUCAUGGCAAUUGGCAUAUCACUGGGAGGCCUCAUCAUCGGCAACUACCUGACGACACGGAUCGAGAAAGCGGCGCAGCAGCUGGUCUGCGCUGCCGUGCUCUCCGUCCCGUGGGACAUGAUCAAAGGACUCCGCAACAUGGAGGCACCCGUUUGGAACCUGAUGCUGAACCGGUACCUGGCGUACUGCAUGUGUGAUCUGGCUAACAGCCUCAGUUACAAGCUAGCUGGAAAUCAUGAGUGGGAUCUGAAUCAAGUUGUUAAGAGCCGCACCAUCCGGGAAUUCGAUUCACGAUUCACUGCCAAGCAGUUCGGAUUCCGGGAUGCUGAGGACUACUAUACGUCAUCCACGCUGCACGACAAGAUUCACACAAUACGCGUUCCACUCCUGUGUCUCAACGCUGCAGACGACCCAUUUCAGCCUUUGCACGCAAUCCCCAUGGAAGCUGCCAGGAAAUCCAGCCACGUGGCCAUCAUAGUGACCGCCCGGGGUGGCCAUAUCGGCUUCAUGGAGGGACUCUUCCCCACAUCCUCCUACUACAGCGACCGGCUCAUCGGCCAGCUGGUCAGGGGAGUGUUCUCUAGCCUGGACGGGAUGAAGCUCAUCAAGAAAGAGGCGGACGAGCACGCCGGAAAGAGCGAUUAUGCCGCAAAGAGCAGCAAGUGUUGAUGGCGGCACUGAAGCAAUGUUUAGGACGUUGGCAUCCCAGUCAGUAACGUUUUACGUGAAUAUACGAAGACAAAAAAUUCCUGCAAUUGUGUCUUGUGAAGUAGUAACAGCUAGGUUGGUGGCCCCAGGACUGAUUCUACCUGCUGGCCUGAUUUAUGGGGACCUUUUAGGACGCUGCUAGCAUUCUACCCGCAAACCUGAUCAGGGUGAGGCUAGCCACUGCUGACACCUACAGGGCCUUUUGAGGAGGGCAUGGUUAGCAAUAACAGCACAAACUGGGUGUGGGUUAACCAUAGAAAUCCACAGGUCUCUUUUGGAAACUCAUGACUUGGUGUACCUUGGGCCCAGUUCAUGCAGUAUUGCUAGUCAUAGAGCCACCCAACGCCACAAGGAGAAACCUACAGAAAUCAGACUAUUUUCCUCUGUCUGUGUGCCCGUCAAAAUACCUGUAGCAUUUCAAAUCACUUUUCUAGUCAUUUGUUCUGGUUAGCCAAUCUUAGCUGUACCAUAAAGACUAUUCUUCGCUACCUUAGGAGAGUUCCAUCCCCUUAACGUAAUCCAUCGUCGAGUACUAUUCAGUUUAAGCUGAACUUCCUGUAGUUUUAUGAUAUAGAUAUUCAAUAAGCAGUACCUUGCAUCUACCUAGAUAGCAGACCUGGAAUAGCAACUUCAGAAUUCUACCAGUUGACUAACUAAGAGCUGUAUGUUUAAACAAACCUCCUAAGACGACUGAGGACUUGAGGCUCUCUGAUCAAGCUAAUGAAAACUUCAGUACAUUCAUGAAAUAUACUUCACAGGAUACAAUUGUGGUACCUUCCAGAAAAGAAGGCUUUUACGUCACACACUUCUGGGUGAUCAAUCCAUUCAUGAUGAUUUUUUUGACAGCGAAUAUUCUAUUCAAUACCACUUUUUAGACUUACAGGUUCUGUUUAUAACUGUUCUUCACAAUCAGGAGUUCCUCAAUAUUAGAAUAGUGGUUAAUCAACAAUGUUCUAAGAUAAAUAAUGUGACAGGAUACACCACACUAGGUCUGAACAAUCGGUGUCUUCAAUAUCCUGUGAUUAUGAUGUCACAGUGACAAAGAUUGCAUGACUCAGUGUAAAUUUUACAGUUUUCAACACAUAGGACAUCAUGAAACUGUCAUGACUUGGUUUCCCUGUUUUUAUGACAUCACAAAGUUGCUAUUGUUACAUACUUCAGCUGGGAAAUGAUUUCUUGUGAACAAUCUCAUUCCAAAUAUUGUUAAGAUACUCAUUCCAUCUAUUAAGACACUGACAUCCUGGAAGCACUCAUUCCUGAUCAGAAAGACUCAAUGAAGCUAGAGAACCAGUAGAGGAAACUAGUACAUAUGUUCAAAAACUUUCUCCACACAUUUUUUUUUUGACAGGAUGACCCAGUCUUAAUCAUUCCUCACUGUUUCAUUUUCAUUUAGAAUGAUCUGUUCCCUUAAUAAGGCAAAUUGGACUGAUGGAGUGAACUUCUUCAUGCUUUCCCUAUCACCAUCAGGUAUAAAUUUCCUCUUGUCUACAAUACCCUAAUAACUAUUGCGAAUCUUAAAAUGUCCUGAGUCUACUUACAUUAUCUUUGGAGUAUCGGAUAUCAAAAUGGGGGUCUGUCUAUUACCGUCCCAUGUCCAUUUUUAAAUUGAGCUAUUCAAAAUUGUUCUCUGCUUCCAGUGUCACUUAGUAGUAUUUACUUAAGGUGGUAGCAUUUUUAAAUGGCACCCAUCAACUGGAUUACUUUGCCAAAAAAUCAAAAUGGCUACCAUCUGCUACCAUUUUAUCUGAAUCUUUUGAUCAAGAAAUCCAAACUCUUUUCAUAUUUUGCUUAUAAGAAAUUCCUUCCUUACACUAAUAAGAAGUCAAAAUGGUGCCUGUGGACUAAUUUAUCGUAAUAAUCAAGUAAAAUGGCCUCGCCUCCAUUACUAUUUAAGAAUCAAAAUGGCGGUUAGUUACUAGUUUAACCAAACAGGAAAUCCAAAAUGGCACCAAUUCAUUCACACUUCAAUUUCAUCUUUAAACGAUGGACGUGAAACUUUUUUAUUGACUGCAUGUUCAAAUGUAUUGUUCUCAUACAAUAUCUUGCACACUAUACACCUACAGAAGCAUGUCUCACAUACGAUAUUUAUCACAACAUAAUCAGCAUAAACAUGGACCUCCCUCUGAUAUAGGUGUUUAAUGGGUUCAAAUACUUUAUGAUGAGAGCAAAGCUUGUGCCAGAAUAUUUAGUAGUGACUGAGCGACUGGUUUGGGGUGAAAGUGGGUCUCAGAGGUUAGGUUAAGUUACGUAGCGAUGUUUGUUUAAUACCUUGAUAGACUGAACUAUAGACACUCCCCUACUUAAGAACUUCCAGAUACGAACAAUCGUAAAUUAAAGUACUCUUUAAUACACAGUACAGUACUGGUAGGUAUUUUGUUUUAGUAUGAAAAAGAAGGAUAAAUAAUACUGUACGUAUUGACUGCGCAUGUCAAGUUGGACUUACAGCCGUUCGUAAGUAGAGGAGCAUCCACAUCUAAUUACUUUACAGAUGGGAAAGAGAAAUGGGUUGUGAUCAGAGAGCGGUGCAUCUGGUAAUACGCGCAGAUGUAAGCGGUGAUUGGUGAUAGUAUAGAUACACUGCACAGACUGGUGAAAGAUUUUGAGAGUUUGUCAGGGGGAGGAACUUAGGAUUUACAGAUGGGAAAGAGAAAUGGGUUGUGACCAGAAAGCACUGCAUCUGGUAGUAUGCGCAGAUGUAAGUGCUGAUUGUUGAUAGUGAAGACAAGCUGCUCAAACCAGUGAAAGAUUUUGAGAGUUUGUCAGGGGGAGGAACUUAGACUUGAAUGCUAGGAGUCUUUAGCUCAACAUAGAGAAGAUGAUGUCCUGGCCUGAGGAAUGAAUAGCAAUAAUCACAAGUUAGCAUAGUUAGGUUUCUUGUAGGACUAUCAUAGGCAUGCAAAUGCAGUCAUUGCAAGAGUGAGGAGAGGAUGUUGCAAUAAUCACAGACAAGACAAAAUGUACAAUCACUUACAGACAAGGAAUAGUUUCUGAUAACCGUAGGUGUAGGGAUAUUAAAGAAUAUGGGGUACAAUCACUAGAAAAGUAGGAAUGUCUGUAGUAAUCAUUCCAAGAAUAUAGAUACCCAUUGCAAUCAGGAGUCACUUUUUAAUCAUUGCAAUUUGCAACCACAGAAACAAACUAGUCACUGCAAUAUGUGUGAACCUCUGACAAACAAUGCAAGACAUGCAAAUGCACAUGAAGAUACAGAAAUAAUAAUUCAGAUAUCAGCCAUUGGAAGACACAGGUAUGAAACCUGCUAUCAGUGCAGGAUUAAGAAUUGCAUGAACGUUGCAAGACAACGGAACCACCUUGCACAAUCAAUAAGCUUCAAUACUUUGCCCAGACACUUCCAGCAACCCCGUUGAUGACCUGUGAUCACCCUUCCUGUUGUAAGACUUCAAAAAAAGGUUGUUGAGUGUUGUGGUAAAUAGUGGUGUUUCUCUUGGACAGCAUAGGAUAUAUAAGACAGUUAGCUUGGAUGGUUCCCACUUUUUGUCUGCACCUCAGGAGUGUUUCAUUGGACAACUGGACCUACUUCAGCCUUCAUAACUUUGUAUCACAAUCACAUCACAACCCAUAACGCCUCCUCGCUCGAGGCUUUUAUAACUCUGCAUCACAAUCACAAUCCACAAACCUUUGACAAUUAGAAUCACAGCAAAACAUGUUAUCUGUAAUCUGUAACAAUGACAUGGCAUAAUACAACUGUAAUUUUUUAUAUUAUAUGUGUAUAUUUUGUGCAUAACCUUUACACUACACAUAUUCACAUCCUGUAAUUGAUCUGUAACCUUGAUGGGAUUUAAAAAAACCUGUAUGUCAUCUGUAACACUGUAAUUAAAAGCAGAAAAAAUUUCACUUUGCACAUAGAAACUGCAAAAAAAAUUUACACAUUUCACAAUUCAUCAGUAACCUUCACAAGACAGCCAGUUUUUUUUUAUUAUAUUUAUUUGAUGAUGAAGAUAAUUUGAUAAAAAAUUUUCUUAAUAAUGGGAAAUUGCAGAUGAAAUCAUUUGAUUUUAGCUGUUAAUAUGAUAUAUGAAAUCAAGUUUCUUGUUGAAUGAUAAAAUGGUGAUGAAAAUCACCCUGAUUUUUAUCAAUUAAUUAUAAUAUAUAAAAUUAUUACGAAAUAUGAAAACAAGUUUCUUGUCGAUGAUAAAAUGGUGAUAAAAAUCACCCUGAAUUUAUAUCAAUAAAACACAAAAUACAUAAAAUACAAAAUUAUGACGAAAUGUGAAACUCAUUCUUGUCUUAAAAUCCUAAGAUAAAAACGAAGAAAAAUAUUUUAAAAAUAUUUUAAAAUUAUUUUUAAAAUGUUUAAAAAAUAUUUUAGUUCUGAAAUAAAACUAAAAGAAAAAAAACAUCAGCUGGCCUUUCCAACAUCCACAAACAUCAUCUCAA